AUGAAAAACUAUCCUAUACGUAUACGUCCUGAGAUUGCGCCCACGUCCGGGCUCGGUAAUCCAGAUGCAAAUUCCCGAAUUUCAGAGUCUGCAUUUAUGACUAGGUCUAUGCGCAGCCUCCGUGAUGGCACAUGGAGUCUAAAAGAAUCGUCAUUAACAGAGCCUAAGAAUAGGCGUGCACUCCAAGUACUUCUAGAAGAACCAUGGAAUAUGCCUCCAUCUACAUCUCUGCAUGACCCCCCGGCGCGCCCAGACGAACCAACGCUGCACGAGCCACACAGGCUUGGUAACGAAAGUUUUCCAUGCCAAAAAUUAUUGAAUGAUGCCCGCCCCCAGUGCCCUCCUGCUAAGGGAUUUGAUUAUUACAAGUUAGAAACCGAGUUCUAUGAUGACCAUGUGGUACAGAAGACGUAUCGAUGGGAAGUUGAAAGUAGUAAAAGAAUUUGGGAAAAAUGGACAUGGAAGCGUCUCUGGGUCAUUGGGGCUGGGGCAAGUGGUGAGAUCUGGCUUGAGGAGGAACAGAAAUUGGGGGGAUUCAGGGCGGUCAAAAAAAUGCCCCGGCGAUUAAAACCGGAUUUCACUCGAGAGCUGCUGGCCUUCGUUAAGUUAAGAGAGCACCCUCACCUAUUCGUGCAAUUUAUUGGCUGGUACGAAAGUAGAGACACUAUAUUUCUCGCCAUGGAAUAUAUUGGGUACGGAAACUUGGCGGAAUAUAUGAGGAGACAAAGCAAGAUGGUAGAUUUCGAAGUGAAGGAAAUCACGAAACAAAUCUUGGAGGGGCUGGAGGUCCUUCAUGGGAAAGGAAUUUGCCAUCGUGAUUUGAAGCCUGAGAAUGUUCUGAUGGCUUCUAUUCAUCCUAUUUGGGUCAAAAUUACCGACUUCGGGAUAUCGAAGCGGACAAAAGACACUCUCCUACGGACUAGUUGUGGAACCAGUGGAUAUCUUGCACCUGAACUCCUGGGGAUAUUUCCUGGAAAAAGAACAUUCACCCACGCACUUGACAUAUGGUCAUUAGGCACCAUGGUCUACGAAAUGUGCACUUCAAUCAAGCCGUUUCAUUGUUUGGAAGAUUGUGCUGAGACUAACGCAAGUGUUGACACUGGCUUAGAGAAUUUCAUAGAAGAGCCCUUGAUUGACAUGGAGUCGCUUAUCGAAUAUUGUAAAGGAUCCAUAGACCUUCCAAGUAAAGCCCUAGAAGAAGUUAAAAUGAGUGUAGAAGGCAUAAGCUUUAUCAAAAGCCUUCUAACUGGAAUACCGGAAGACCGAGCAACUGCAGACUGUGCCCUUAAAAGCCCAUGGCUGAAGGGUUACACUGGUUAUUGGCUGAAGCUCCUGGAAGCCGAAUUUUCAAGUCUCGGUGCAAAUUUGGAUCCAGCGAGGAGAGAAGACCUACUAUUACGGAAAGCCGGUAAAGUGGAAAUCAUGAAAUAUUUAUCAACUACGCCGGUGAAGGUAUUCCCAACAUUGUUACGGGAAGCCGUAGGGAAGGGACAUAACAUAGCUACCACCUUGCUCCUGCGAUCUCAAAGUUGCAAAUCGAUAGACCCAUUAACCCGUGGAAUAUUAUUCAGCUCAGCAGCAAAGGCGGGACAUCUGGAUGUAAUGAAUACGCUCGUGCAUUACGGGAUGGACAUUGGUGCUCUUAUUGGCGGUGAGACCGUUUUGGGUUGGUUAUUUAGGUUCCGAAACAACAAAAUGAUCGAGAUUCUUUUGAAAAACCAACGCGCAGGAGCUCGAACAAUCUUGCAAGCCGCAGCCGAGGGCGGAUUUAUUGAUUAUGUCACAUUUCUAAUAGACGACUAUUACGAUGUGAAUGAACCAGCUGCAGAUAAUGGAGGUCGAACAGCGCUACAGGCAGCUGCUGGAGCAGGACACAUGGAUAUUGUGGAGAUAUUGCUGGAUAGGCGUGCCGAUAUAAAUGCUGCAGCAGCAGGAGAAAACGGGCGGACAGCGCUACAAGCGGCUGCGGAAGGUGGACAUUUUAGUAUUGUCAAGCUACUAUUGAAAAAAGGGGCCAUUGCGAAUGCCCCACCUGGAUCAUAUAAAGGCUUGGAAGCCCUCGAAGCGGCAAAGAUUUGUGGGAAUCCUCUGAUUAUUAAAUUGAUUCAAGAGUCAUAUCCAAAGGACUCAUAUCCAAAGGACUCAUAUCCGAAGGACUCAUAUCCGAAGGACUCAUAUCUGAAGGACUCAUAUCCAUAUUACUGA